CUCGACCCCGCCGGCGUCCGCUCCUCCUCCUCGCCGUCCUCCGCCGCCGCCGCCUCCUCCGUCGACCCCGCUCGCCCAGACCCGCUUACCGCCUUCCCCCCCUCCCCUCUCCCCUCCUCCGCCCACACGGCCGUUGCGCACCCUUCGCCCCCUCCGCGCGCUCUUCCUCCCCCAAGGUUGGCGCCGCCUCCCUCCGCUCCGUGCGGUCAAGGAAUUUCCCCGUGAUUGCUGCCGCAGCAGCGCCGCGUGAAGUAAAACAAGUGACUUGUUUCCAAACCGUGAAUUGUAUGGAGAUGGGAAUGACGCCAGAACAAAUCUAUGGACAAAAUGUGUAUGUUCCUGCAACUGCGAAUCCUUAUCCGUAUGGUUAUACAGAAGUUGGAUCACCUACGGAAUGGUAUAAUAACCAAAGCUCUUUAGGAUAUGAUGGCCAAGACAUCUAUUUUCCGGGUUUUCAAACCGAAGGCACACAGUGCAUGUACUAUGCUGCCCCUGACAAUGGAUCUGGUCAUCCUUCCUACAGCCCUUACCCAAUAAAUUCUUCUUUCAUAGUCGACGGUUCAUAUCUGCCCCUUGAAUAUGUUGGUGAUGCUGCUGACCAAACAUGCCAAAUAGUUCCCUCGCCCUAUUAUGUUCCAACUAUUCUUCCUUAUGCACAUGAUAAUGUUCUGGGAAACACAACCGCACCUCUUCACCCCCCAGUCUAUGUUCCUACUUUGCCAAGCUAUACUGUAACAUCAACAAAUCAUGCAUUACCCUCAGUUCCUCCUGUUGCCACAAAAAAUGAUGUCAUUGCAAAUCCACCUAUACAAUCUACUAUUGUCACCUCAAAGCAAUUUCUGGAUCAUGCGAGUGAUCCCAAGGUUCAAUUGCGUAAUCCAAUUCCACUGAAGAAAGAGCUGGCAGAUGGCUCCAUGAUGCCUGUCAAAUAUCCUCACACUUCACAGGCAUUUUCAAAUUUUCCUGAGAGGCGAUCUGCUGCCAAGCAUUCGCCACAGGAGAAAUUUUCUGUAAACAAUGGCUCUGGUUUUGUUGGGUCUAAUGUUCAGAGGUGGGCUGCAGCAGAGAAAUUUGAGCCUAAUUCAAAUUUGAGUGGUCGUAUUGGUAGUGCUAGCCCAAAGAUGAAAUUAUCGAACGUGGAUGGCUUAGGAGGUGCGGAUAAACCUUGCGGUCAGAAGUCUUCUGCCAUAAUCGCAAAAUCCUACACAUCAAGGCUCUCUGUUGGUGAUCCAGAAGGGACUAUUGUUAUACGAUGCAACCAAUAUAACAGUGAUGAUCUCCGAGUGGACUAUCCCUUUGCAAAGUUCUUUGUUAUCAAGUCAAUUGGUGAAGAUGAUGUCCAUAAAUCAAUCAAGUAUGGUGUAUGGUCAAGUUCUUCUAGUGGAAACAGCAAACUGGACAUUGCAUUCAAGGAUGCUAACAGGAUAGCUAAGAGGAAUUCUACCAAGUGCCCUGUUUUUCUGUUCUUCUCCGUGAAUGGUAGUGGGCUCUUCUGUGGCAUGGCUGAGAUGGUUGGUCCUGUUGAUUUUCAUAAGGACAUGGACUUUUGGUGUCAGGAUAAAUGGACUGGCAGCUUUCCAGUAAGAUGGCACAUCGUCAAAGAUGUACCUAAUUAUACCUUGCAGCAUAUUUUGCUGCAGAACAAUGAAAACAAGCCUGUCACACACAGCAGAGAUACACAGGAAAUACCAUAUGUUCCUGGAAUAUCUAUGCUAAAGAUCCUUAAGGCUAUCAAAGUGAAGGAGUGUUUGCUUGAUGAUUUCAUGAAAUAUGAGGAGGAUGAGGCGAGAAGUAAACAUUAUUUCAGAAGGUCCAAGUUGAGCCAUAAUGCUCCGGAUUUUGUUCCUGUCGCUCAACGAAGAAAAGACGUCACUGAUGUUCGGCAGCCAAAAUCAGGCAACGUACUGAUAGACAGAACACCGGUGAUACAGAAUAUGUCAGUGAAGCCACAGGGUAGUAAUGCGAUCAAGCCUCAGGAUCAAUGCCUACAAGUUGUUGAAAAACAAGCCAGCGAUGACGGGAAAGAGAACAGACAUCAAGAGAACCGCAAUGUCAGGCAGGCUAAUGAUAAAGUGGUGAAAACUGGGACUAAGCAGCCACAGGCAUCAACAGUUAAGACAAGUGUGGAUAGUAAACAACAGUACUGGAAGAAGGUUGAGUUCCCUGGGCAAAAUCCUAACAGUGCUGUUCAUGGCUCAUCGAAAGCACAUGAAAAGCAUCUAAACGAAUCAAAAGCACCUGAAAAGCAUUCAAAUGGUGCUAACUGUAGCUCGGCAACUGUCAGUUUGAAGACAGCCAGAGAGGAAACUAUCGUUGCCAGAGUCAGUUCUCUUGCUAUCAGUUAUCAGAAUUCCUCAGUUGAUGUCGUGAAGAUUGGCUCGAUGCCAGUUUUGGUUAACAAAGCUAAUGUGUAGGUGUGGUUCCUUUUUAAGCUUUUCCAAUGUGGUCUGCUUUUCUUUUUUGCAUUUAGCAGGGUCUGCUUCUGGUAUUACUUCUCAUCAUCAUAGGUUGUCUGUCUUCUGUUUAGUGUUGCUCGUCUUAAAUGUGGCAACGAAAAUGAAAAGAGAAAGGAAAGAAAAAAAACAUCAUAGAUUCUAGUAGUUCCCUGGUGGAGAAAUUUUGUUCUUUCUUUUGAAAGGAAGGAAAGGAUGAAUACAAGACGUACUCUCUAAACAUAUGAAGAGAAGAAAGUGAUUUGGGACUGAAUGGGUUCCCCAGUUUUGGCACUCGAUUUGCUUUGUACGUGUUCCCAGUAAAAGGCUUGCAUGCUUUGCUA